AUGAAGAAGUUAUUACUUUUUAGUAUUUUUAUUGCUGGUGUUAUUACUUUAUUCUUAUUUGAAGUUUUAGUUAUAUAUGAUUAUCCAAAAGUGUCUAAUUCAAGACUAAGCCAUUUAAAAUCCAUUUUUCUUAAGAGUAACGAUUUAGUUUAUCCAGAAUCAAUGUCAGGUUAUUCCACAUACAAUGAAAAUUCUUUUGCAUUCCAAUUAAUUUAUGUAAGUGACAAUGAUAAAUAUAAUGUUGAAGAUAAUAAGUUUAUUUCAAAAAUCCAUUUUGGUAUGAUUAGUAAAAUAGAUAAUAAAUGGAGUUUUACAGAAAAUACACAAAAGAGUUUUCAAACCCAAACCCAAUUAAAUUAUAAUGGAAGAGGUAAUGAAUUAUCUGAAGUUAUCCAAUAUUUCAAUAACCUUUAUGUCUUUGAUGAUAAGACAGGUGUUAUUGCUCAGCUAGACUUAGAACAUAAAAACUUCUACCCAUGGAUUAUCAUUGCUGAUGGAAAUGGAAAUCAAACAUCAGGUGCAAAAAAUGAAUGGGCAACAGUGGUAGGUGAUAAAUUGUAUGUAGGAAGUCAUGGGCCAAAUACGUAUGACUCAUUAGGAAGGGUUGAUAGGACCAAUAAAUAUUAUGUCCAAAAAGUUAAUAAAGAAGGUAGUUUUGAAUAUGAGGAUUGGUCGGGUGUAUAUAACAAUAUUCUAAAUGCACUAAAUAUUGAAGUUCCUGGAUAUAUUACAAAUGAAGCAGUUGUAUAUUCAAAUUUAAAGAAAAAAUGGUAUUUUGCUCCAAGAAAAUGUAGCAAUAAAGCCUAUGAUAAACAAGAAGAUGAAAAAUUGAAUAGCUGUAAAUAUAUUAUUGAAUUGGAUGAAAAUUUAAAUAAUCCAAGACUUAUUGAAGACAAACAAUAUGACAAAACUCAUGGAUUUUCAAGCAUCAAAGUUCUUCCAUUCAAUGAAGAUAUUUUAGUUUAUCUUAAAUCAUAUGAAGUUGAUAAUAAAUUUAAGUCAUUUGUUGGUAUGAUAAAUGUCAAUGGAGAGAUAGUUAUGGAAGAACAACCAUUAGGUUCUGAAAAAUUUGAAGGUUUAGAAAUUAUUCCUUUAAAUAUAUAA